GCCAUCAACAACACGGGAGCUACAGCGCUGCACUGCGCCGCGGCGGCCGGCCACCCCGAGGUCGUCCAGCUCCUCCUCGCCGUGCCGUACUUUGAUCCGUACGUGCGCAACCAGCGUCAGCUCACAGCACUGCAAGUUGCGCGCAUUGCAUGCCUCGAGCACGACCACUGGGCCAGCUUUGAAGAGUGUGCCCGGCUGCUGGAAGAGCGCUGCAGCCUCUACCGCGGGUGGCUCUACGAAAGCGUCGAGUCGUCUCUUGUCAAGAUGCCGCUGGGCCUCCGCCCGUGGAAGCUGCGGUUUGUCAUUGUGCUGCGGACCGACGUGCACUCGACGUCGCUCGAAAUGUCUUUUUUCGACGCCAAGCAAGGCAGCCGCCUCCCGCCCGUGCCGAGCUCGACGGUUCUGUACAAGCUCGGUACGCCGAUGGUGAAGCCAGGCACGCAGCGUGCGUUUGGCAACAAGGACCAUUCGUUCUACUUUGCCGGCGCCCACCGAACACACGAGGACCAGCCCAGUGUCAUGCGCAAGCUCGAGUGCGCGGCCUUGGACGCAAAUGGCUUGGCGUCGUGGUCGACCUUCUUUAAUACCUACAGCAUGACCAAAGAUGUGCCCGACACGCUGCUCGUACCGCUCGUCGCGGCGACGUCGCCACCGCCGGCCACCGAGACCCCUUCCAUGCUGCAACAACUGCCCCGCCGGUCCCGCCGCAGCCUCUCCGAGCUGACGUUGUCCGAGUCGAACGCACCAGCGCAAGCUGCGCUGACGGCGGAGACGUCGUCGGUGCUGCAACUUCCAUGGCGGACCCGGCGCGGCCACUCGGAUGCCAAGCCACUGGCGAACGAGACGUCGCCGUCCGUGUUGCAAGUGCCGUGGCGCCAACCCAGCCUCUCGGAACCAAAGCAGCUCGCUCUGCCCGAGCCCGAGGCAGCAGGAGAGGUCGCGCCGUCAGCACCGCUCUUGUCGCCGAUCAACGAGGUCGUUGCCGCCAGCGCCCCGCCGCUGGACGAGAGCGGGCUGCUCAAUCUGGCCGGUCAGCGCGAGUGCGUCGUGUGCUUUGACGGACCCCAGAGCGCUGUCUGCGUCCCGUGCGGGCACAACGCCGUCUGCAUGCGCUGCGCCGAUCAUCUUCUCGCGGCGCCCGUGAAGCAGUGUCCCGUGUGCCGAUCGUCCGUGCGCGAAAUCAUCCGGCUCUUCCAAUGCUAA